CUGCCAUUUCUCUUCCUCUAUCAAUUUUCCUCCUUCUACUGGUUCAAAUCUUUAUCUUAUGCACACUUCUGAACCCUCUUUCUCUGCAUAACUCUAUUUUUUUUUCAGUUUCUACUUCAAUAUUUCCACCACCAAUCUAUUUCAUACUUUGAGUUAUAUAUAAAUAUCAACCCCACAAUGCAUUAAGCUUCUCUCUCUCUCUUUCCCUCUUAUCCAUUCCUACAAUAAAAUCACUUCUAUUGCUUCGAAUUUAUCUUGUUUUCGAUUUCAAAGAACUGCAAAAUGGCACCAAGAAACAGUCGCGGAAAGGCCAAGGGUGAGAAGAAAAAGAAGGAAGAAAAGGUUCUUCCAGUUGUCAUAGACAUCACAGUGAAGCUUCUAGAUGAAACUCAUGUUCUCAAGGGAAUAUCAACGGACAGAAUAAUAGAUGUUCGUCGGCUUUUAUCAGUGAAUACGGACACAUGUUAUGUCACAAAUUUUUCCCUGUCCCAUGAGGUAAGAGGGCCACGUCUGAAGGACACGGUGGACGUGUCCGCACUGAAGCCCUGCCUCCUGACUUUAGUUGAAGAGGAAUACAAUGAAGAACGAGCAGUGGAGCACGUGCGUAGACUCCUCGAUAUCGUCGCCUGCACCACGAGCUUCGGUCCGUCGCCGCCUCCGAAGAACGCGGCCGGCACAGUCACGAAGUCCGGCAAGUCUGAGAUCCCGCCGGCGAAAGAUGCGGCGGUGACGGUUGCGGACGUGGAUGGCGAGAUAAGCCACUCGUGCCCUAAGCUGGAGAACUUCUACGAGUUUUUCUCUCUUUCGCACCUCACCGCACCUAUACAAUAUGUGAAGAAAGGUUCGAGGCGGCGCGUGGAGGAGAUAUCGGAGGCGGAUUAUCUGUUCUCGCUGGAUGUGAAGGUGUGCAACGGGAAAGUGGUGCACGUCGAGGCUUGCAGAAAGGGGUUCUACAGCGUUGGGAAGCAGCGGAUUCUGUGCCAUAAUCUGGUUGAUUUGUUGAGACAGCUUAGCAGAGCUUUUGAUAAUGCUUUCGAUGAUCUCUUGAAGGCAUUUUCAGAGCGUAACAAGUUUGGGAAUCUCCCAUAUGGCUUCAGAGCCAACACGUGGCUUGUUCCUCCUGUUGCUGCACAGUCACCCUCAUCUUUUCCUCCUCUUCCUGUGGAGGAUGAAACAUGGGGAGGGAAUGGUGGUAGUCUCGCAAAAGAUGGAAAGUAUGAUUUGAUUCCUUGGGCCAAAGAGUUUUCAGUAAUUGCGUCUAUGCCUUGCAAGACAGCAGAAGAAAGACAAGUUCGUGAUAGAAAAGCAUUUCUUCUGCACAGCCUGUUUGUUGAUGUUUCUAUUUUCAGAGCAAUAAGGGCUGUUAAACAUGUUAUGGAAGAGCCCAAUUUUAGUUGCUCUGUUGUAGAAAAUAAUAUUGUUUACACUGAGAGAGUAGGUGACUUGAGCAUCAAGGUCUUGGAAAAUGGUUCUGUUGCAAGCUCUAAGAUCGAUACUAAAAUUGAUGGAGUUGAAGCUACUGGAGUAAAUCAAAAGGAUCUAAUAGAACGAAAUCUACUGAAAGGCAUCACUGCUGAUGAAAAUACUGCUGCCCAUGAUAUUACCACUUUAGGUGUCGUUAAUGUAAGAUACUGUGGUUAUGUGGUCGUUGUGAAAGUUGAGGGUGGAGUGAGGGAAAAUGUUGACUCUCCAUCUCAACAAACAAUUGAAUUGUUUGAUCAGCCAGAGGGUGGGGCCAAUGCACUCAAUAUUAACAGUCUGAGAUUACUUCUUCACAACACAACUCUACCAGAAAACAAUAAACCAAUGAUUCAGAUAAAAACGUUUGAGAGUGAAGAGACUGGUGCUUCCCAUUCUUUUGUAGAGAAGCUGAUUAAAGAAAGUCUUGCUAAGCUUGAGGAGGAAGAACCUGGUAUGGACUAUUUUGUAAGAUGGGAACUUGGAGCUUGCUGGAUGCAACAUUUGCAAGACCAAAAUAAUAAUACAGAAAAAGAUAAGAAACCAUCCUUGGAGAAGGCUAAGAAUGAGAUGAAGGUCGAGGGUCUUGGGAAACCCCUUAAAGCCCUAAAGAAUUUUAAAAAGAAAUCUGAUUCAAGCAAUAUUACUUCUGCAUCUGAAUACCCAAAAUUUAGUCGGGAGUCUGAAAGCCCUCCAUUGCCCUCAAUUGAGUCGCAACAUGAAACUACAGAAGCUGAGAACGAGCUUGUUCUGAAAAGGAUGUUAUCUGAGGAAGCUUUUACCCGAUUUAAAGAAACGGGAACUGGACUUCACUGCAAGUCUAUGCAUGAUUUGAUUGACUUAUCUCAAAAAUAUUACAAAGACGUUGCACUCCCAAAAUUGGUAGCAGAUUUUGGCUCAUUAGAACUCUCACCAGUUGAUGGACGAACUCUAACUGAUUUUAUGCAUACUAGGGGUCUACGAAUGCGUUCUCUUGGACAUGUUGUCAAACUUUCAGAAAAGCUUUCACAUGUGCAAUCGCUUUGUAUUCACGAAAUGAUAGUUCGAGCUUUUAAGCACAUCCUGCGGGCAGUAAUUUCUUCUGUUAACAAGGAGAAAAUGGCUUCAUCAAUAGCUGGUGCUUUGAAUUUUCUGCUCGGUGUUCCUGGAAAGAGAGAUUCAGAUAAAUCACAUGAAGUUCAUCCCUUGGUGUGGAAAUGGCUAGAGGUAUUUUUGAAAAAGCGAUUUGAUUGGGAUCUUCACAGGUUGAAUUACAAAGAUGUGAGGAAAUUUGCAAUUUUACGUGGCUUGUGUCACAAGGUGGGAAUUGAGCUUGUUCCACGGGAUUUUGAUAUGGAUUCUCCGAUUCCCUUCCACAAAUCUGACAUUGUCAGCUUGGUCCCUGUUCACAAGCAAGCUGCAUGCUCAUCUGCAGACGGAAGGCAGCUCCUGGAGUCAUCCAAAACUGCUUUAGACAAGGGAAAGCUUGAGGACGCCGUUACCUAUGGCACAAAGGCUCUUGCUAAGCUAGUGGCAGUUUGUGGUCCCUACCAUCGAAUGACAGCGGGAGCAUACAGCCUCCUUGCUGUAGUUUUAUAUCAUACUGGAGACUUCAACCAGGCUACAAUAUAUCAACAAAAAGCUUUGGAUAUCAAUGAGAGAGAGUUAGGUCUGGAUCAUCCUGAUACCAUGAAGAGCUAUGGGGAUCUUGCUGUUUUCUAUUACAGACUACAGCACACAGAGCUGGCUCUGAAGUAUGUAAAGCGUGCUUUAUAUCUUCUGCAUCUAACAUGUGGCCCAUCUCAUCCAAACACUGCUGCUACUUACAUUAAUGUGGCUAUGAUGGAAGAAGGUCUGGGAAAUGUACAUGUCGCUCUCAGAUAUCUUCACAAAGCUUUAAAGUGCAACCAAAGAUUACUUGGCGCAGAUCAUAUUCAGACAGCUGCAAGUUAUCAUGCAAUAGCAAUAGCACUCUCAUUGAUGGAAGCAUAUCCAUUGAGCGUGCAACAUGAGCAAACAACUUUGCAAAUUCUGAGGUCAAAACUUGGUCCUGAUGACUUGCGAACACAGGAUGCUGCAGCUUGGUUGGAGUAUUUUGAGUCCAAGGCUUUUGAACAGCAAGAAGCUGCUCGAAAUGGUACUCGGAAACCUGAUGCAUCAAUAGCUAGCAAAGGCCAUUUGAGUGUGUCAGAUUUGCUUGACUAUAUUAAUCCUAAUCAUGAUGCUAAAGGGAGAGAUGCGGCAACAAAGAGAAGGGGCCAGAUAACAAAGGUGAGAGCGACAUCCUACCUUAACCUUGGCAUGUCAAGUUCUGAUGAGUCUUCAAAAGAAAUUCCUAAAGAGGCUUCAGAUGAAGAGGUACAAAUACCUGUAGCAGAAGGUAGUGCAGAUUCUGAGCAGGAAAGCAACUCUGGACCUGACUCAGAACAUACUAUUUUAAAACAAAUACCAGACGAAAAGCCACAAAUUUAUGAUGAAAUCUUGUCAGAAGCACAUGCUGAAGGAGAAGAUGGAUGGCAACCAGUUCAACGACCAAGAUCAACUGGCUUAUAUGGCCGGAGAUUGAAGCAGAGAAGGGCAACACUUGGCAAAGUUUAUAGUUAUCAAAAGAAUGUGGAAGUUGGAACAGAAUCUCCUUUUGUACGGAAUGCCAGUCCAAAUAGUAGGUAUUAUUUCAUGAAGAAGCGGACAAUUUCCCAUGGAGGUUAUACGGAUGAUCAUACAGGAAACAUCACCCAAGGCCCUAAAUUUGGAAGGAAAGUAGUUAAAGCUGUUACGUACAGGGUCAAAUCCAUACCCUCAACAUCCAAGGCUAGUGCAAAUGAGACGUUAGAAACAGGUGACAAGCUGUUUACGUCUCUUUCAGAACCUGAUCCAAUUGAUGUUAAUCCAGUUAAGAAUUCUAUUGUUAGUCUUGGAAAGUCUCCUUCAUACAAGGAAGUGGCGUUAGCUCCACCAGGGACAAUCUCCAAGUUCCAGGUCUAUAAUCCUCCAAGUGAGAUUUCUGUUAGCAGUGAACAUGAUAGUGGCAAAGCUGAAGAGGAAGAUAUUGAAGCUAAUAGGGAUGCUAAUCCAACCCCGGCUGAGGCAAAUGAUAUGAAUAAAGAGAAGAACAAUAAUUCUGUUUCAGAUUCUGUUGAUGAUUCACAGGAUGAUACCGGAGUUACUACUGAGAAGAAAGAGGAAACUCAGUUAAUUGUUGCUGUGCAAGAUGAUUGUAUGAGUGCUGAUGGGAAAUUAGGAGAUGUUGAAGCACAAGGAGCAACCGAUAAUAGCAUAUUGAUUCAGGCAGUAGAUGAUCACGUGGACUCUACCAAAAAAGAACUCGAUGCAAGUAAUUCAUCUGGCAGUUUGGAACCCAGUGAUAGUACAAAUCCCAUUUCCCAAGGUGGCGAGGAUUUAAGGGUCAAUGUGUCAUCAUCAAAUCAGAGUCACACUGGGGGCAUCCCAUAUAAGAAACUGUCCGCAUCUGCAGCUCCAUUCAACCCAUCGCCUGCCAUUGCACGUGCUCCACCAAUUGCCAUAAAUAUGACUCUUCCUUCUGGUCCUAGUGCAGUUCCUGCAAUUGGCCCCUGGCCAGUAAACAUGAAUGUUCAUCCUGGACCUACUACUGUGCUGCCCGCAGUAACCCCCAUGUGCUCCUCUCCUCACCAUGCAUAUCCAUCGCCUCCAACUACACCAAACAUGAUGCAACCACUGCCAUUUAUGUAUCCUCCUUACACUCAACCUCAAUCAGUGCCACCUAGCAACUUUCCGGUCAGUAGCAAUGCCUUUCAUGCGAAUCAUUUUACCUGGCAAUGUAAUUUGAACCCUGCAGUAUCUAAGUUUGGUCCCGGUGCUGUUUGGCCUGGUUGUCAUCCCAUGGAGUUUCCUCUUCCGUUACCUAUUGUGGAACCAAUCCCUGAUCCCAUUUCAGAGUCACAAGUUCUGUGUCAUGGUUCUGAAAGUCCAAGUUCAGCUUCAGUUCUUCCUGAGGACAUUGAUAAUGUUGGUGAUUCUAAUCAAUUGGUAAAAACUUUAACAUCAGACACGAGUGAAGAUGAAGCAGUGAGAGCUGGUUCAGAAAGCCUAAAAGAAAAUGAUGAUAUGAAUUUACAUGGGACUGAAAAUUCUGGGAACAAACAAAAUCAAAACAUUGGUUCAAAUGGCAACUCUGGCAGUACUGAAACAAACGUGGAUGGCGAGAAAACCUUCAGCAUUUUGAUUCGGGGGAGAAGAAAUCGAAAGCAGACUCUGAGAAUGCCAAUAAGUUUGCUUACUCGACCUAAUGGCUCACAGUCAUUUAAGGUUAUUUAUAACCGUGUAGUUAGAGGAAGUCAUGCUUCCAAGUCUAUCAAUCUCUCGUCUAGUAAAGAUUGUACUGCUACUGCUUGAUGCACAGUUCUAUGUGUUACUGAUGAGAUUUAUCAGAACUAUCGUGGAUAAAGAAGACCCCUUAAUUUCUGCGUAAGAGACGUUUGGUAUUUCGACGAUUUCUGGAAUUCAAUUACAAAAUACCGUGCAGUAUCAGCUUCAAUUUUACAUCUGCACUAUCAUUUGCGAGGUUUCUGGAUACCUGUCUCUCUUUAGGAUGGAGGCUGAAGGCAUUUCUUCAUCAAUAAACUAUAUGGAGUUGCCCGUGGAGCAGCAUUCAUGCUAAUAAUCUUGCUCAGGUUCUUCGGAGUCAGUUCCAGGGUGAGGCACCUUCAAGGUGAAAGUUUUGGUUUUCUGUAGUUAGACAAUUUUGAUAUAAUGAAUUACGGGACUGGUGGAUCAUUCUAAUUAUUAUUUUUUUUGUUACAACAUUACCUUUGGUUUUUGAUAAUUAAUUUUGUUCAAUUGUAUAUUCUUUCUUGAUUUCUUGAUA